GUACGUACGGCGUUCGCCAUGACUGAAAUUGCAGGUUCCAACCAAUUUUUCUGGGAUUGAAUCCGCUUUCUCGUUGUCAAGCUAGCCAACCAGAAAGUAUUUUGAUGAAGGGUUGGACCCUGAGUCUGUGCCUCUAACGAUCAUUCUUCCUACGUUCUUCCUCGUACCCCAGCCACAUCCUCGUGGUGACAUCCCGCCGGACGGCGCUGAUAUCCCGCUUUGUUCUGAUCGAGCAGCUCCACUUUUCUAUUUUAGGCUAGACAUUGAUGGAUCGCUGGGACCUAGCACUAGCAAAUAUCACAAUGGCUCGCCCGUGACAGUUCGUAUACGACCUCCAACUGGUUCAUCACGGUCAGGUCCGUGAUUAGUUCAUUCCGGGAUUGGGAUUCAUAUUAGACUUUGCGGCAAUAAGUAUUUCAGAUAAAGUUUUUGUCAACAAUAACUGGAGACCAAGCGAGCUUGUGAAACUAAUGGACAGUUAAAUCUACUCUUAAUUACAUGUUCGACCGUGUUGUAACGAGGUCUGAGGGCGAAAUAUCCAAAAUAGCUGGGAAUUGCGGCAUGACAUCCAUAAAGUCUGCCGUUCUCAACCUUCUAUUGAUAUAUCUCUGAAAGAAGGUAGUUCGGAUUUGCUUUUAUGUUCACUCCUCCCGAUUCAGUAUGACUACACAAAGCGCUGCAGUCCCUAGGCAAAAAGCUGAGGCUGCUGAAUACUCAUUCGCAGAAGCUCUCUCGUUGAACUCUAAGGACUCUUUUCAACUCUUGCCUAAGGGGGUAGAACACAAUCUAUCAUUAUCUCCCAAUAGUUCAAGCCCUAGUACCAAUCACACCACCUACAGCAUCUUUCCCGAAAGAACAUUGACCGAAAGAAAACUUCCAGAAAGAACGAUUCCCAGGAACUUUGCGCCACCCCCGCAGCAAAAACGGAUCAUGGCACCACCUACGCGAAACCCAGCAAAAUUCUCCAAGGCCCAGACACAGUGUUUAAAGCUCUGCCUGAAGGCAACCGCCCUCAGUGAUCGCAUCUCGGUUAGAAUUUUGGAAUACCUGACAACAGUGAAAGAUUUACCUCAAGGUUUUGACAGUCUCGCCCAUGACUUUCUCGACACUUGUCACAUCCUUUUUUCCAUCGAAGCGGGACUCGAGGAAUGUAAUAAUCAUGUACAAAACUUUCCCCCAGAAAUGAUUACCGAGCUCGACCACAAAUUUCGAGCCACGCAGGCAAAUUUUCAGGUGUUUUAUCAAUUGCUUGCUAAAUUUCUUCAAAGCGAAAGUGGCGCGGGUGGACACUUCAGGCGAGGAUGGGGGAAAAUCUUUAGCAAUACUACCAACGAUAUCAAAAAAAUGACGGGCACACUGCGCAGGACACGAGAUGAUUUGAGGAUGAGCGCAUUGGUCUUUCAAUGGAGUUUGGGAGAUGAUAAGAUCGAAAAGGAGUUGGGCAUAGGAUACCUUGGCCUAGCUGCAGCGCUCAACAGAAUGGAUGAAAAGGCAGGGCGCCCCACGACUACAACAGGCUCUUCUAGUAGCCAUCAAAACUUCCAACCACAGCAAAUUGCAAUCCAGUAUACUCCUCUGCCUCCACUACCGACCUCCGAAUGGACUGGUAGGACGACUCCUAAUCAGCAGCAAGAGGCCUUAGGGGAUAGAACAUCAAAUGUAGAUCCUUCACUGCUACUAGGCUCAAAUCUCCAACAUUAUAGCACGAGUAGUAAUAGUACUUCCAUGGCUCCAAAAACCUCCCGUUCUCACGAUUCCGGUGAGAGACACUAUACGGAUAUAAUCAAUUCAUUUGACGAUCAUCGUUUGAACCACCAUUUGAGCCAUCAUAUUGAUGAUUCCCGAUCACAUACCGAAACCGUCGAAUCUGGAAGUCUUAUCAAGGAUAUCGAGGGGGCGAUGAUAAAUCCUGCGCAGGCCAUUCGACUUAAGGCCGACCCUGAUAACAUGCCACGCUGGAGUCCUCGAGGUAAUGCAGGCUCAGAUACUGGGCCCAUGAAAUCCGCUCUUAUCUCUGCUAUUCGCGACAAAAAUCACAAAGCCGUCGAGAAGUUAUUGGAUGGUGGUGUGCCAGCGAAUACGGGGUCAGAAGUUAAUGCACUCAACGAGGCAAUCUUUGCUCACGAUACGGAAAGCGUACGAUUGUUACUUACUUUUGGUGCUAAUCCAAAUGCACGUGAUAGAGACGGAAUUACACCUUUGAGGGCCGCCGUUGAUAAAUCAUUCUUGGCUGGAGCCACCACACUUUUAAAGUAUGGUGCUGAUCCUAACCUUGUUGCUGGUAUCGAUAUGGAAUCCCCGCUGGCUGCAUCAGUUAUGGCCAAUAUGGUGGGUUUCGCUCAUCUAUUUCUCAUUUACAAUGGUGAUGCCAAUCAAGUCACUUCAAACGGCAACACACUUCUCAUCAGUGCUAUCAACAAAAAGACUGUCAAGAAAUUCAUGGAUUUACUUCUCAAAUAUGGUGCAAACCCCAACGCUAAAAGUAAGGAGGGAAAGACGGCUUUGUUCGAAGCUAUCACAUAUGGAAGAGCAGAUAUCGUUUCCAAUUUGCUGGAAUAUGGAGCAGACCCGAACCUUCCAGGCCCAAAACACAUGCUCUGGCCUGCAACAUAUCAAACAGCUUGUCUUCAAUAUCUCCUCAGCCACGGCGCAGACCCCAAAAAAUGUCCAGGAAUAAUGGAGCUGGCUACUAGUAUCAAUAACAUCGAAUCGGUCCGGACUCUGCUCAAAGCUGGCGUUGAUCCCAACGCUAAAAAGGAUGGCGUGUACACACCAUUAUGUACAUCAAUCCGCGAUGACCGCGCAGAUAUUUUCCAACUCCUCCUAAGCAACAAAGCCGAUCCAAAUACAAUGGCUAGUGAAUAUCCCGCCUGGAAAUGCGUAACUCACAACCGCGUCCAUUUUCUUCCCGCCUUGGUUAAAGCAGGAGCAGAUAUCCACAAUCCUAAAGGUAUUGCCGAGAUGGCAGUAAGUUGCAAUAACAUAGAAGCACUCAAUUGGCUCCUAGACCAAGGCGUAAACCCGAACGAUAAAUCCGCCAAAGGAAUGUCGCCGCUCACGACCGCCAUCCGUGAAGAACGUCUCGAGAUGAUCGAUCUCCUGCUUCUCCGUGGCGCAGAUGUCAAUGUUCGAGGCCAAGAUUGGCCCGUCUGCAUGGCAGUUCGCAAUCCCCAAAUCCUAAAACGCAUUCUAUCCGUCAUGCCCGAACCUCGCGCUUAUAAAGGAGUCCUGGAAAUGGCCGUUCACGCUAAUCAAUUGGAAUCUGUCAAACUUCUUCUUGCGGCAGGUGUAUCCGUCGAAGAUAAAAACGGUGGAGUAUUUUCACCUCUCACGACCGCCAUUCGCGAAGACCGGAAGGAAAUCGUUAAAUACCUCCUCGAUGUUGCGGACGCGGACAUUAAUGCCCCGGGCGAACAUCUUCCUAUUGUUAAAGCACUACGUCGUUAUGAAGGUGGUGAUACAGAUAUGAUUGAAUUGUUGUUAGAUCGUGGAGCGGACCCGAAUAAGAUCUAUCGGGGCUGGAACGCCAUUAUGCAAGCGAUUGAGAAUGGAGACCCGGAGGUUCUCAAGUUGAUCGCGGGGAAGGCCGGGGUUAAUCUUGAGGUGAAGGAUGAGAUGGGUAGGACGGUUAGUGAUAUUGCGGCUAGUAGGGGCUGGAAUGAGGCGGUUACUAUUUUGCAUGAUAAUAUGUCUUUGUGAGGUGGUGAUUGUGGUUGGUGUUUGGGAUGAGGUUGAGGUGGAAAGGAAAAUGGGAUUUUUGGGGUUGGGGGCGUCGGGGGAGAAGGGUUUCGGGACUGGUUUCUUUUGUUCAAUACCAACAUAGCUGGCGUUUUGGGGGCAGUUAUCUGAUGCACCUGGUGUAUUAAAGGGCUAGAGGGGUUGGGUUGGAGGGGUGGAAUCUAUGUAACUGCUACUGGAACUGCUAUUACGUGUAUAUAUUUUUGCUAUUUGGGAAUACGCUGAUACUUUUCUGAUUAAAAUAACUACUC